AUGUCGGGCGGAGACGGAGCGACUUCGCGGAAAGACGCUCUGGAUGCAUUGGACGGUACUCAAGGUUACUCCGCGGCGGAAUGGAAGGAUUACUACCUGAGCCGUAUGGAUGAGAUCGACGCCAUCAUCCGUGCGACAGCAACGCCACAGCCUCCUUCGGCGCCGGCUCUUCUCGCAGAGAAGUCUCCUGAGGUCAAAGAACGGAGCCCUGUACCAGCUGCAAUGCAGAAGCCUACGAUCAGUACGGGGAUGUGCAUCCGGAUACCCUCGACGAAGACUGCGAAGAAAGCUCACGUUGCUCAAGAGGUCAUUGAGAUCAACGAUGAUUCGCCCCGCAGACCUGUAUCGAAGCCUAGGAAAGUAUCUGCCACGAAGUCCACCCGUGGUAUUAAGAAGCGAGAGGCUAUCACGGCUGACGGCGGUCCGCCGAAGAUCGACUAUUCGAAGCGCAACAAGUCAGUGACCAAUGGGGAUCUCAACGACGUAGCGCAGUGGAUCGUCUCACACGGAGAUGCUUGGUCGACGAUGAGUGGAACCGAACGUUGGAAGACAUAUUCGCGCAAGAACACGAGGCGGUCCUGCUCAGGGUGGCAGCAUGUGUCGAAGUACUAUGCCGAAGGUGAGGACUUCCACUCUACCGUGUCUGAACAACACCACUGA